AUGCUCGCCCUCUUCUCCAUCCUCCCCUUCCUCAUCGCCACCUUGGCGGCCGAGGCUCCCAAUCCCAACCCCAUCGCCCUUCCUAUCACUGCGAACGGGUUCUUCAACCUCUGGGGCAGUGAGACCGACUACCUCGCUAACAAGUAUGGGCAUAGCCACGCCAAGAUUGCUCGUCGGGGGAUGGUCGAGCGCCAGGCGGCCGGCUCGGCCGAACUCACCAACAUUGGCACAUCGUAUACUGUCGACGUCGAGAUUGGCACUCCUCCCCAAAAGUUUGAGUCGUUGAUCGACACGGGCUCGAGCGUAAUGUGGGUCAUUUCCAACUGCACCAACCAGGCCGAGUGUGGGCAGGCACGCGUCUUCAACGGCUCAGCCUCGUCAACUCUCCUCCAGACCAACAACCCGUACGAGAUCCAGUACGGCCGCGGGACAGCCGCCGGUCACGUUGCGCACGACCAGAUCACUGUCGGUGGGCAGAAGGUGCAGGCUGCAUUCGUCAUGGUUGACGAGCUCACGGAGUGGGGUAUGUCCGCAUCGUCCUUGGUUGGCUUCGCACCUCGCUCCUCGUCGUGGUUCCAGCGUGUCAUCGGCAACUGGGCUGAGCCGGUCUUUGGCUUGUAUCUCGGCCGCAGCCUCCAGGCCACCGAGUCCAACCCAGUCGCGAACAACGGCCUCCUGACCCUUGGCGGCGUCGACUCGUCCAAGUUCACCGGCGACCUCCACUGGAUCACCGCCAACACCACUGGGUGGUGGACCAUUCCCAUGGAUGACCUCAAGGUCGGCGGCCAGAGCAUCAACCUCAACCUCGAGUCUAACAGCUUCUCGCACAUGGACGGCAAGCCGGCAGCCGUCAUCGACUCUGGCACCACGCUCAUCAACGGUCCCCGCGGUCCCAUCUCGGACAUGUACGCCAAGCUCAACGCAACCGAGAUCUCGAACGGCCUGUUCGUCUUCCCCUGUAUCACCGGCCAGGUGCCGUCCGUCUCGCUUACGUUUGGCGGCGUCGAGUACAUGAUGAACUCUGACGACGUUGUGAUCGGCGCCUCGACCGUCUCUUACAUCCGUAACAGAUUCAACGUCACCCUCCCAGGUGCCGACGGCGACUACUACUGCCGUGCUGCGGUCGACAUCUUUGACCCUCCCACGGACACCUUCUCGGCGCCCUCGUGGAUCAUCGGUGCCGCGUUCAUGCGCAGCGUCUACACUGCCCACCGCCUCAACCCCCCUGCUGUCGGCUUUGCGGCUCUCGCCGACUCUUCCUCCUCCACCGCCUCUGCAUCGGACGGCACUGUCGAGCAGGGUGGCGACGGCAAGGUCACCCAGGAGGACGCCGGCCAGAAGGGCAUUACGUCUGGCGCUUCAACUAUCGUCCUGAACGCUGGUCUCGCCUCGGCAGCUCUCAUGGUCGCACUCGCUGCGCUCUGA